GCCGUGGAUUCGCGGCGGGGCCAACUCCGUGGCGCAGGCGGCGGCGGAGCGCAAGGCGCCCGCGGCGGAUCCAGCUGCCGCCGCACCAUGCCCGCGCCCACCUCCGGGCAGCCGCCGCGCGCCGCCGUGGCCCCGGCAGCGGAGGAUGCCAGGCGCCCGGCAGAGGCCAGGGCAGCGGCGGCGGCGGCGCGAUGGUGGUGACCACCUCUGCCCGAGGCGGCGGCGGGGACCGCGCGCCCUCCCGGCGAAGGGGCUGCGGGCUGGCGCCGGCCGGGGCCGCGGCGCUGCUGGCCGGGGCGAGCUGCCUGUGCUACGGCCGCUCCCUGCAGGGCGAGUUCGUGCACGACGACGUGUGGGCGAUCGUGAACAACCCCGACGUGCGACCCGGCGCCCCGCUGCGCUGGGGCAUCUUCACCAACGACUUCUGGGGCAAGGGCAUGGCCGAGAACACCAGCCACAAGUCCUACCGGCCGCUCUGCGUCCUCACCUUCAAACUGAACAUAUUUCUGACUGGCAUGAACCCAUUCUACUUUCAUGCAGUAAAUGUAAUUUUACACUGCUUGGUAACUCUUGUGCUGAUGUACACCUGCGAUAAAACUGUCUUCAAGAACCGUGGACUCGCUUUUAUUACGGCAUUGCUCUUUGCUGUACAUCCUGUUCACACCGAGGCAGUGGCUGGGAUUGUUGGCAGAGCCGACGUGUUAGCGUGUCUGCUGUUUCUAUUGGCCUUUCUCUCCUACAAUAGGAGUCUGGAUCAGUGCUGUGUUGGGGAGUGCUUCCCUCCCACAGCUUCUCCCUUCUUCCUGCUGCUCAGUUUGUUUCUGGGGACCUGCGCGAUGCUGGUGAAGGAGACGGGCAUCACAGUGUUUGGAGUGUGCUUGGUUUAUGACCUCUUUUCCCUCUCCCACAAGCAGGAUAAAGCGAGCAACGGGGCCCUCCAUCCGCACAGCGCACAGCAGCCCGUGAGCCCCCAUCGGGAGAACGGGAAGCAGCAGCGGUUUUCUCACAGAGGAGCUUGGGGUGGCUGCCACUCCCCACUGCCAGCAGAACCCAAGAGCAGUGGAUUCCCGGUGUCCCCGCGAGCUGUGAGGUCCCUGAUGAGGUAUCUGACAGCAAGCAGCAAUAGAAAUUUCCUGCUUACCAUGAGACCAUUUUUAAAAAGGGCCAUUUUGGUCAUCAGUUAUGUGAUUGUCAUCUUGUACCUCCGUCUGUGGAUAAUGGGAGGAUCUAUGCCCCUCUUUUCAGAGCAGGAUAAUCCAGCUUCAUUUUCACCUUACAUCCUUACAAGAUUCCUUACCUAUUCCUACCUCUUGGCCUUCAACACAUGGCUGCUGCUUGCACCUGUUACCCUGUGCUACGACUGGCAGGUCGGCAGUAUUCCUCUGGUAGAGACCUUAUGGGACGUGAGGAACUUAGCCACCAUCUUUCUGGCAGUUGUGAUGACCUUAUUGAGCCUGCACUGCUUAGCAGCCUUCAAGAGACUGGAGCACAAGGAAGUUUUAGUGGGCUUGUUGUUCCUGGUGUUCCCGUUCAUUCCAGCCAGCAAUCUCUUCUUCAGGGUGGGUUUUGUGGUGGCCGAGAGAGUCCUUUACAUGCCUAGCAUGGGUUACUGCAUCCUUUUUGUGCAUGGACUAAGCAAGCUCUGCACCUGGCUAAAUCGAUGUGGGGCCACCACCUUGAUUGUGUCCACCGUGUUGUUGCUGUUGCUUUUCUCGUGGAAAACUGUGAAGCAGAAUGAAAUUUGGCUAUCGAGAGAGUCCCUAUUCAGGUCUGGCGUUCAAACUCUGCCUCACAAUGCCAAGGUUCACUACAACUAUGCCAAUUUUCUGAAGGACCAGGGUCGGAACAGAGAAGCAAUCUACCACUACAGAACGGCCCUCAAGUUGUAUCCACGCCAUGCAAGUGCGCUGAACAACCUUGGAACACUAACUAGAGACACGGCAGAGGCGAAGAUGUACUAUCAAAGGGCUCUCCAGCUACACCCACAGCAUAACCGGGCUCUUUUCAAUCUUGGGAAUCUCCUUAAGUCCCAGGAGAAAAAAGAAGAAGCUAUCACCUUACUGAAGGAUUCCAUUAAGUACGGUCCAGAGUUUGCAGACGCAUAUUCAAGCCUAGCUUCGUUAUUGGCUGAGCAGGAAAGAUUUAAGGAAGCUGAAGAAAUAUACCAGGCUGGAAUAAAAAACUGUCCAGAGAGCUCAGAUUUACACAACAACUAUGGGGUCUUCUUAGUUGAUUCUGGCUCUCCAGAGAAGGCAGUGACUCAUUACCAGCAAGCAAUCAAACUUAGCCCAAGCCAUCACGUGGCCAUGGUGAACCUGGGGAGACUCUACAGGUCGUUGGGAGAGAACAGCAUGGCUGAAGAAUGGUACAAACGUGCCUUGCAGGUGGCACACAAAGCUGAGAUAUUGUCACCUUUGGGAGCGCUGUAUUACAACACCGGCCGAUAUGAAGAGGCUUUGCAGGUCUACCAGGCAGCUGCAGCACUUCAGCCUUCUCAAAGGGAGCUCCGCCUGGCACUGGCUCAGGUUUUGGCUGUGAUGGGUCAGACGAAAGAAGCUGAAAAAAUGACCAAUCACAUUGUGUCAGAGGAGACUGGAUGCCUUGAAUGUUACCGCCUCUUGUCAGCAAUCUACAGCAAGCAGGAGCAGCACGACAAGGCACUCAAUGCUAUAGACAAGGCUCUCCAGCUUAAACCAAAGGACCCAAAAGUAGUAUCUGAACUUUUCUUCACAAAAGGAAAUCAACUACGAGAGCAGAACCUUCUUGACAAAGCUUUUGAGAGCUAUAAAGCAGCUGUGGAACUAAAUCCAGAUCAAGCGCAAGCCUGGAUGAACAUGGGUGGAAUCCAACACAUCAAGGGAAACUACGUGUCUGCAAGGGUUUAUUACGAGAGAGCCUUACAGCUGGUUCCAGACAGCAAACUGCUGAAGGAAAAUCUUGCCAAAUUGGAUCGCCUAGAAAAACGAUUACAAGAAGUUCGAGAAAAGGAUCAGACAUAAAGCAUUUGACCCAGUCUCAUGGGACAAUCCUGAUGCCUCUGAAAGAGGGGAAAGGGACAGAGGCCUUUCUUCUUUCACAUCAGCAGAGGCACAACCGGUGAAGCUCCCUGUCAGUCCAAGUUCGGUGUGGCACAGUCUGGGACAUCUGCUGGUAACCCAGUGCUGAAGGACCUACAUGUCCGUGAAAGAAGACAGGCAGAGCAAGCAAGGACAAGAAGGUCUGAGAGGAAAGGAAAACAACAACCACACAUUUUACAGAUUUUUGUUUGGGUUAACUCCAGAUUUCCGUUGAUAUAUGUCUGUGCUUUGACAACCUGGAGAUCUAAUUCCAUUUCUUAGUUUAGACUUUUAUGUCCCAGAAAUAUAGAAGCUUGAAAUGCUAUGAAAGCAGAGCUUCUAUUCUUUUGGGGAUGAGAUAUUUCAAAGAGGGGAAAAAUCAUCCGGGGGAAAUUCUACCAAGAGUUGGAUCAUUUUAUUCUCCAAAACCAGAAAUGACCAUCUAAUAGCUUUUGUAAAACCUUCUGGAAUAUGUGGGGCAAAGGGCUAUUAAGUGAGCUUUAUCUAAUAUCUCCUUAAGGAUAUUACUAGAGCCCUUUUGAGGAGUAAAUACCACUCUGAAGCAAGUUUUUCCCAUGCCUAAUAUAUUAAAAGGGAAACUUCUGGAAUUGUUUAGGGGUAUUUUUAUCCCUAGGGGAAAUUAAGGAGUUUGGUACCCCUAACUCUUUAUGGAAAUGUUUAAAAUUAUUUUAAUUUUAUUACAAGUAUUACUAGAGUAGUGGUUCUACUCUAAGAUUUCAAAAGUGCAUUUAAAAUCAUAAAUGUUCCUGCCUCCAAAUAUAUUGUUAUUUUGGUGGAGAAAAAAAUAGUAUAUUCUACAUAAAAAUAUUAAAGAUAUUAACUGAUGGAAAUGUCCUACUUUACUAUCUUAAUGUUCAGACAUCAUGAGAUUUAUUUUUUUGAAAAAUAUAUUUAACCAUUGAGGAAUCUUUACAAUAGAUCACAGAAAUCUUCAUAGACUCUAGGCAGAGAGAGAGCUCUAUUUAUUUGUCUUCAUACGCUUAAUGAGAAUUCUGUGCUUAGAACACUAGUGAUUGAAAUCCAGAGUUCUUUCUUAUUUGUAAUUUUGAGAAUUUCAUGGAGAAUGCUUUAAAAAUCUAGGGGAAAACGUCUAAAUUCAUAAUUUAAAAUAUAUAUAUUUAUAUUUAAAAGAUAGGGAAGGCAAAGUUGAACUCAUGA